AUGCGAGCUCGGGCUAUAAUUUUUACUUUCAUCGUCGCAUAUAACAGUAUAAUAAUUAUUUGGUAUUUAUUAUACUUAUACAAGUGCAUCAUCACAUCAGAUAAGUUCAAUCUCGCAAGGAAUAUAACUGUUGGCGUACCGAUCAGUCUUUUUUUCUUUAAAUACUUUUAUAUUAGUAAUAAAAACGAUAGUUUCUGUGAACUAUUGGAAAAAAUAACCGAAGAUCUCAUCCAAGGUAACGAUAUGGAAGAAGACUAUCAAAAAAUAUACGAGCGCCAUAUUAAACUGGGAAAACUUGGUCAGAAUUGCUGGGUUAUAAUUCCUGUAGUUUUAAGUUCUCAGUUCCCGAUGUUUGCAGGUGCCUGCAUGAUAUACGAGAACUUAAAAAGUGACAUGGGUAACCGAUACAUGGUCCAUGAAAUGGAAUUAAAAUAUAUAGAAGACAAGCAAUACGAAACGCCAUAUUUUGAAAUAUUAUUUGCGAUAAUUUUAAUGCAGUGCGUGAUCCUCGUUCCUAACUUCACGGGUUUCGAUGGAUCAUUUUGUAUCGCGACGACUCAUUUGCAACUUAAAAUUAAAUUGAUGACUCAUAAGUUGCACAGAGCAUUUAAAGACUCCAAAAAUAAGUUACAACUUGAAGAAAAAGUGAAAGAAGUAAUAAGAGAUCAUCAGGAAGCGCUCCGCUUUUACAACAUUUUGGAGAACAUGUAUGGGGGCUGGUUACUGGUCGUAUUUCUCGUUACUUCAAUAGUUAUAUCUUUAAACUUGUAUCAGAAUAACAUUAGUGAAGUAAUCGAUCCCAAAUACACACUUUUUGUUAUAAGUGGAGUUGUUCACAUGUAUACUCCGUGUUAUUUUGCAAGUAAUUUAUCCAAGGCCGGUGAAGACUUAAGUUCCGAUAUCUACAGCACACCCUGGGAGGAAUGGGCAGAUCCAGUCGUCACGAAACUUUUGAUUUUCAUGAUCGCUAAAUCUCAACAACCGCUUUAUCUCACCGGCAAAGGCAUGGUUUAUUUUAACAUGCAACUAUUUAUAUCUCGCCCGCGCGGGCCGUCGAUAGCAAAAGUGUCUGCCGACCCUGGCCCCCCCCUCCGCAGGAGGUGGUGGGGGCGCCACUUCCAGCUCCCUUCACCUUCGCGCCGGCCGCGCAGCCGCGACCAAUGA